CACUGUCCCUGAUGGAUCCCCUAUGACGGAUUGGCCAUGGAGGGGGGCGUGGUGUUCAGGUAUUUAUUCUUGUCUACCCUUCCCUCCAAAGGCGCCAGGCUUCUCUCCCCUCUGUGUUCUGUCUGCCUAAUAGUGACUUGUCCAGUUCACUCUUCCUCUCUCUCAACUUCGCCUUGAUCGUGGCUCGUGCCUGUUAUCGGUUUCCCCGCAAUACCGACGUCGGUCUUGUCUCCACCUGACGUCGACAGGUCUCGUGUUUUUUCUAAUUCACUCUUUCCUUCAAUAGAGUCCCGACCAUGGCCUCCACCGAGAAUGACCCGAGACUCUUGUACAGUAUCGACAACAUCCGAGCCUUUCAUCUGCAAAAUGGCGAGGAGUCCGAGCUCACUCCGUCGGGACCUCAGACGCUUUCUUUGUUAAUGGUCCCUACUAAGACUGCUAUCCCCGGAAGCUCAUUCCCCGUGUCUUCCCAGGACGCGCUCACUGAGGAGGACUUCUACCUUCACCUGCACUUACCCCCAGAGCUGGAUCUGGCACUCCCUGCUACCACCCAGAUUUUCCAUCAGCCGCCGACCAGCUAUCUGAUUCCUCGCUGGGACCUCGGCCCCGACGCAGGCGCCUUCAUUCGCAUCCAGUUCCCACCAAUCGGACAUGGGCCGGGUAAGGUGACACAGGAGGAUGUUGACACUUUCGAGACGAUUCUCGCUCAAUGCACGGCAUUCCUCGACCGCGCCCCUCCGUCCGGAGACCAUGCUCCGUAUAACCCCUCGACCUAUGCACCUGGGGAAGGCUAUGUCUCCUCUGCCGCUGGUCGUGAGGAUGAUCAUGGCAGGAUUGUGCUGGUGGAUGAGGAGGAUGGCAGUGUGGUUGGUGAGAUGGAGGGCUACGAUGUGGUGGAACGGCCAGAUGUGAAACCUGGUUCGAAGAGGCCUGUCGAGAUCGAGCUCCCCUCCGAGGGUGAGGGCAACAAGGUCAACGUCAGCAACGUUUCCGAGGAAUAUCUGCGGAUGGCGCGUCAUCCGGCAUAUAAGAACUCGACCAUCGUCCAGACCUCCGCAAAGGCGUCACGUCUGAUCGUUACCGGGUCGACCUAUCUCGCCAAUGCACUUACCACGGGGGCUGACACCUUCACGAAGAAAACGCAGCCGAAUCCGAAGCCCAUGACCUUCUCUGAUACCACUCACUCGCGCAUCCGCAAAGUCGGCAAUUUCUCCGAGGGCGCUGCUGGUCUCUCGGCCAAGACUGUCGGCCAGGUUGGGCGAUAUGCUCAGAACAUCGGGGCAUCGCUGACCCGUCGGAAUAACACGGAGCGACAGAAGGGCAUCGAUAAGUACGGCAAUGAAUACAAGCCUGGUAUCUUGAACAAGUCCUUGAUCGCAUUCUCGACCCUUGCGGAUGGCAUCGAGCAAGGUGCUCGGCAGGUCUUGACCUCUAGCUCGAAUGCCGCCACCACGAUGAUCGGACACCGGUAUGGCGACCAGGCCGGGGCUGUUGCGUCCAACCUGACGGGCGGUGUCAAGAACGUCGGGCUGGUGUACAUCGAUGCCUCGGGUGUCAGCCGCAAGGCUUUUCUGAAGUCUGUCGCCAAGGGCAUGGUGGUUGGGCGUAUGCGUGAUGGAAAGCAGGUAGUCGUUGGCACCGGCGACGGCGGUGAACUCCCUGCUGGGGCGAGUGCCGGUCCAGCGCAGGGUCAGACGUCUUACGCGGGGAGAGCGCCGUCGCCAACUCCGACUCCGCCACCCGCGUACACUGCUGCGGGAAAUUCGUCCUAUGGAAAGGCUUCGAUGUCCGGGGCGAAGAGGUGAUAUGUCGACAAUUGGAUUUCUAGUGAAUCGUGUUUCAAUGUGGUGAUGAUCCUUAUGACAAUGCAAAUUUCCGGGUCCUAUGAGAAACUUGAUGCUGUUUCUAUGUUUCUCGUUCUUCGUCUGCUGGUUAUGAUCCUCCAGUCUGAUAGUUAAGAUAUAUGAUGCAUGCUAUACUUAGUUCAGCGAUUAGCGGGGGUGGGAAUACCUCGCCAAUUGCUUCAUUGAGAUCAUGGCU